AUGCUCUUCUCUUCUUCUUCACUUCACUUGGCGCUGCUUGCCGCGGCACCACUGGCAAACGCAUGGCCGACGGCUAUCUUAGAUGCCGCUGGUCAUGAUCCUGAACUCCUGAAGCGAGCAACCGAGGCGGCGAGGCUCAUGAAGGGUCGGCAACAGGGUAUCGGUGCUGUCACUGCCGUCUUCGAACCCGUUCCCAUCUUCAAUGCUCGGGCACAGUACGUCAACGUAUCUAGGGGCUCAGGGCACGAGUAUGUUGCCCCUGGACCAAACGACCUCAGAGGACCCUGUCCGGGUUUAAACGCCCUUGCAAACCACAACUUCCUUCCACACAAUGGCGUCGCCACUGUCACACAAUACGUCGAAGUGACCCAACGCGUUGUCGGCAUGGGCGUCCUCCUGGGAACCUUCCUGACCGUCCUCGCCGGCGCCCUAGACGGCAACAUAUUAACCUGGUCCAUGGGUGGCACACCACCGGGUGUCCUCGAAGGCCUCCUCGGCGGAGCCCUCAACGGCAACGGCCUCAGUGGUUCCCACAACAAAUACGAAACCGAUGCCUCACCCACGCGGCCCGACCUCUACCAAGGCGGCAACAACUACAAGGUCGUGACAUCUCAGUUCCAGGAACUCGUCGACAUGUCCCCUGGAGGUAUUACAAUGGAGAGCCUAACAGCGUUCCGAAACCGUCGCUUCGAUCAGCAGGUUUCUAGUAACCCGUACUUCUUCAAUGGCCCCUUUUCCGGUAUGUUGGUGCAACCUGCAGCGUACACCUUUAUCUACCGUUUCAUGGCCAACCAUAGCGCUGAGCACCCCGCCGGUAUUUUGUCGUCUGAGGUGCUGCAGUCAUGGUUCGGUGUCCAGGGAAACAGCGGUAACUACAAGGCUAUUGUGGGUACUGAGCGUAUUCCGGAUAACUGGUACCGCCGCGCCAUAGAAUAUCCCUACGAAACUACAUACUUCGCCGCCGACGCCCUCGCCGCCGCAGGCCUCCAUCCAAAGUUCAUCAGCAUCGGCGGCAACACUGGCAAGCCCAACAGCUUCGUCGGCGUCAACGUUGGAGAUCUGUCCGGCGGCGUGUUCAGCUCUGGAAACAUGCUAGAGGGAAAUAACCUCGCCUGCUUCCUUUACCAGACCGCUGCUCAAGCGAAGCCCGAUCUGUUGCUUGGUGCGCUCAGUGCGCUGACGAAUAUUGUGGGAAACUUAAUGGCGACGUUGGGUUGCCCCGAGUUGAAAGCGAUUGACGCGGAGCAGUUGAAGCAGUUUCCGGGUUAUCAGAGGAAUCCGGUUUAUGGGUAG